ACUAAUUCAGAGCCCAGCGUGACCACAUGGAAAAUAUUUAUGGCUACUUAAUGAAAUACACCAAUCUCGUCACGGGCUGGCAGUAUCGGUUCUUCGUGCUCAACAACGACGCCGGCCUGCUGGAGUACUUCGUGAACGAGCAGUCCCGCCACCUGAAGCCCCGGGGCACCUUGCAGCUGGCUGGGGCUGUCAUCUCGCCCAGCGACGAGGACUCUCACACCUUCACGGUCAACGCUGCCAGCGGGGAGCAGUACAAACUAAGAGCCACUGAUGCGAAAGAGAGGCAGCACUGGGUUAGCAGGCUCCAGAUCUGCACGCAGCAUCACACGGAAGCUAUUGGCAAGAACAACCCUCCUCUGAAAUCUCGCAGCUUCUCUCUCGCAUCCCAAGGAAGCUGCAACUCUCCUGGUGUGCAAAGACGACCCAGCCAAAAUGCAAUUUCUUUUUUUAAUGUUGGACAUCACAGAUCGUCAUCUGGAAAAAGAGUUCCUAUCCUGCAGCCAGAUCACCUUGUAGAUGUUAGAGAGAUGAUGUCUCAGGCUGAGGGCCAGCAGAGAGACUUGAUCAGGAGCAUUGAAUGCCUUCCUGUCUCCGGUCACCUUACAUCCUUGGAUCAAGACCUAUUAAUGCUCAAAGCAACUUCCAUGGCAACCAUGAACUGCUUAAAUGACUGCUUCCAUAUUCUCCAGUUACAACAUGCUUCACAACAAAAGGGAUCCUUACCUGCAGGAACAACGAUCAGUUGGCUGGAACCAAAGAUCUCUCUAUCAAACCACUUCAAAAAUGGAGCAGCGCAGAGUUUCUCAGCAGAGAUAAACAACAAGCCAGCAUCUGUCAGAGAGGAGCAGCCCAUCUCCGAGCCUGGCCAGCUAACAAGGGAAGCUGAAGAAAUAAAUCCAGAUGAGGAGCUGGAGGAUAUCAGUGAUGAUAAGGAAGAUGAUCUAGGAGCAGUGGAGGAGCAGCGCAGCAUUAUCUUGCAUCUCUUGUCUCAGCUGAAACUUGGCAUGGACUUAACAAGAGUGGUUCUUCCCACCUUCAUUUUAGAGAAGCGCUCGCUGCUGGAGAUGUACGCGGACUUCAUGUCGCACCCGGAUCUCUUCCUCGCCAUCACCAACGGCAGCAGCGCCGAGGAGCGCAUGAUCCGCUUCGUCGAGUACUAUCUCACCUCCUUCCACGAGGGCCGCAAGGGAGCCAUCGCCAAGAAGCCCUACAACCCCAUCAUUGGAGAAACCUUCCACUGCUCUUGGAGGAUGCCCAAGAGCGAAGUGGUCACCGAUGCCGGCAGUAACUUGCCUGCUCCUUCCUCCUCAGAGCAAGGAACUCUAGCAAAAGAUCUGGAAGGCCAAGCAGAGCUGGACUAUUAUACAGUAAAAUUCGUGGCUGAGCAAGUGUCCCAUCAUCCUCCCGUCUCAGGGUUUUAUGCUGAAUGCGUAGAGAGAAAGAUGUGUGUCAAUGCUCACGUCUGGACAAAAAGCAAGUUCUUAGGAAUGUCCAUAGGAGUGACUAUGGUUGGUGAAGGUCUCCUAAGUCUCUUGGAGCAUGGGGAAGAAUACACGUUUUCUCUGCCUUGCGCAUAUGCACGAUCAAUUUUAACUGUUCCUUGGGUAGAACUUGGAGGAAAAGUCAACAUUAACUGUGCAAAAACUGGGUAUUCUGCAAGUAUUAACUUUCACACCAAACCCUUCUACGGUGGCAAAUUGCAUCGGGUCACCGGGGAGGUGAAGCAGAACGCGACGAACACGGUGGUGUGCCGGGUGCAGGGCGAGUGGAACAGCGUGCUCGAGUUCACCUACAGCAGCGGCGACACCAAGUGCGUGGACCUGACCAAGCUGGCGGUGACGAGGAAGCGAGUGCGGCCCCUGGAGAAGCAAGGACCGUUCGAAUCCAGGAGACUGUGGCAACACGUAACGGAGUCUCUGCGGGAUGGAGACAUCGAUAAGGCGACAGAGCACAAGAGAGCCCUGGAGGAACGGCAGAGGAACGAGGAGAGGCUCCGCGCGGAGACCGAGACACCCUGGUGUACCAAAUACUUCCUGAAAGAGGGUGAUGGCUGGGUUUAUCAUAAACCCCUUUGGAAAACUGUUUCCACCGUACAAACUCAGCAAAUGGACAAUAACUAGAGAAGCUGCUUGGAGAUGAGUUUUCUGUUUCUGAUAUUCUCUCUCUCUGUCUGUCUCUCGAAACACGGUAAUUACACUGAGUGUCCCCUUUUUUAUGUAACUGUGGAAAUUUAAACAAGCAUAAAGAAAUAAAUAUACUAGGGCACUUUAAAGCUAUAUAUAUUAAA